ACCAAAAUAGGUGUUUCACAAAUCACAAUCAUAUUUCUCAAUGGAAUUUUCUUUGGUGAAGUCUUUGCUAUGGACUUCACUACUUUUUAUUCAAAUUCAUGAGUACAGAGGUUGUGUUGAGGAAGAGAGGGUGGGUCUGCUAGAAUUGAAGGUUCUUUUGACAUCUAAUAUAAAUAAUGCCGACUACAUUUUAUCUUCAUGGGUUAAUGAGACAAGGAGUGAGUGUUGUGGUUGGGAGCGAGUCACAUGUGACGAUGCCACAGGUCAUGUGAUCGAACUCUCCCUCUAUGAUUUAAACCAAAAAGAAAAUAUUUUUAUGCCAGAUGAGACUUGGUUACUAAAUGUGUCCUUGUUGCUACCCUUCAAAGAACUGAGAAGUCUUGAUUUAUCUCAAAAUCAAAUUGGCAGCCUAGGAAAUCAAGAAUCCAAUUGUUUGUCUAAAUUGGGCAAGUUGACACACUUAAAUUUAGGUUCGAAUUCCUUUGAUAAGGCAAUUUUAAGAUUCUUAAGUGCCCUCCCAGCUCUUAAAUCUCUAGACCUAAGUUCCAAUAUUAACAUGGAAGGGCCUCUUUCUAGCAACGAACUGGUUAAUCUAAGCAACUUGGAGGUCCUCAUCUUGAGAGGAAAUCAUCUUGAUGGAAGCCUACCAUUCAAGGAUAUGGCAAACUUUAGCAGUUUGGAGAUUUUAGAUUUGAGUGGAAAUGUUUUUACUGGAAGUAUCCCUCCAUAUAUUGGAGCAUUAUCUUCUCUCAAGGCUAUAUCAUUAAGUGAUAUGAAACUUAAUGGAACUUUACCCAUUCAAGAAUUGUGUACACUGAAGAAACUUGAAGAGUUUGAUCUUGGUGGUAAUAACUUUGAAGGAAUCCUUCCUCCGUGCUUAGCCAAUUUGACAUCUCUUAGGUUGUUAGAUAUAUCUCACAACCGGUUCAAUGGAAACCUGUCAUCAUCUUUAAUAGCCAACUCGACAUCCCUUGAGUACAUUGAUCUGAGUUAUAAUCUUUUUGAAGGUUUAUUCUCCUUCAGCUUAUUUGCUAAUCUGUCCAAGCUUAAGGUGAUUCAAAUUUUGAGUGACAACAACAAACUUGACAUAGAGAUUGAGAAUUCCAAUUGGGACCCUAUGUUUCAAUUACAGGUCCUAGUAUUGUCUAAUUGUAAUCUAAACAAGCCCACUAGUACCAUCCCUAAGUUUCUCUUUUACCAGCAUGAAUUGGAAGUAGUGGCUCUCUCUCACAGCAAGUUGAAAGGAAACUUCCCCAUUUGGUUACUAAAAAACAAUACUAGACUAAAACUGCUAAAUCUUCGGAAUAAUUAUUUGGAUGGUCAAUUUCAUUUGCCUCUAGAUAAUUGCAAGAAUCUUACUUGGUUGGAUGUCUCAAGCAAUCACUUAGAUGGGCAACUUCAAGAAAAUAUCGGCAAGGUUAUUACAAACUUAGAAUAUCUAAAUUUAUCCCAAAAUAAUUUUGAAGGUAAUCUUCCAUCCUCCAUUGGUGACAUAAGUAAUUUGCAGAGAUUGGAUUUGACCUUCAAUAAUUUUUCUGGACAGGUACCAAUGGAAUUGGUUACCAAUUGCACUUCAUUGAUAAUUUUGAGGUUAUCUAAUAAUAACUUUCAUGGUGAAUUUUUCUCAAAGCACUUCAGCCAAUCCUUUUUUUCAUUAGAAUUAAACAAUAAUCAUUUCACAGGUACUCUUCCAAAGGCACCCUUAAGCUUUGUUAUCCUUGAUAUUAGCAACAACCACAUGUUAGGUAUAAUCCCCUUAUGGAUGGGAAAUGAUACUGUGACAUUAUUGGGGAUUAUUGACCUUAGUAACAACUUUUUCGAAGGUCAACUUCCAUGUGAACUAGGUUCAUUUGAAACGAUAAACCUUUCCCAUAAUUUGCUUUCAGGGUUGUUACCUUCUUGCUUGAAUCUACAGAAUGUAAAGCAUCUAAUUUUACGAGGGAACAAUCUCACAGGAAUAUCAUUACCGAAAGUUGUUCUCAAUUCAUUAUCUCUUUUAACAUUGGACAUUAGAGAUAACAGAUUUUUUGGGAGCAUCCCUGAAGAGAUUGAUAGACUAUCCAACUUAAGAGUACUUCUGUUGAGUGGCAACCAUUUUAGUGGUAUGAUUCCAAAGAAGCUGUGUCAGUUAGAGAAGAUAGGCAUAAUGGAUCUUUCCAGGAACUCUUUUUCUGGGACAAUACCAUACUGCUUUCGCAAAAUAACUUUUGGGCAGAUAGUUGCUAGUGAAUUUGUUUACAUAUAUGGUGGUUCUUUUUCCGCCUUUGGUUUUUCCCUCCCAUAUAAAUCACUUCUAAACAACGAUCAUCAAAUUCAAGGAACAGAGUUUGGGUUCAAGAAACAAGUGGAGAUUGACUUUUUGACGAAGUAUAGGUCAAACUUGUACAUGGGUCUCAUCCUUGAUAUAAUGUCUGCAUUGGAUUUGUCAAUCAACCAGCUAAUAGGUGGAAUCCCACUAGAGCUAGGACAACUAUCUUCAAUUCAUUCACUAAACUUGUCUUACAAUCAAUUGACAGGUCCUAUUCCGAAAACAUUCUCAAAUUUGACUCAGUUGGAGAGCUUAGACCUUUCUUACAACAAUUUGAGUGGGGAAAUUCCUUCAACGUUGAUUGCUUUGAACUUUCUGGAAGUUUUCAAUGUGACUCACAACAAUUUAUCAGGUAAAGUUCCAGACUUUAAAGCACAAUUUGGAACAUUUGACAAGAACUGCUAUGAAGGAAAUCCAUUUCUUUGUGGUCCACCACUAGAGGAACAUUGCACCAUGUUAGAUGAAUCACCUUCAUCACCAAGACAAUAUUCAAAUGCAAGCGACGGAAAAUGGUAUGAAGUGGAUCCUAUUGUCUUCUAUACAAGUCUAUCUGUAUCUUAUAUUAUUUUCUUUUUGGGUGUAGUUAGUGUUCUUUAUAUUAAUCCUCACUGGCAGCAACGAGGCUUCAACCUGGUUGAGGAUUGUAUGUACUGGUGUUAUUUUUUUGCUGUAAACACCCUAAAAGGGCUGUCGAGCUGUAUGUGUCAUUAGAUGUACUCAAUUUCUAUAGUAAUCAUUUGUGGUAGUAUUAAUAAAUUUAUGUUGGUGGGCUGUAUUGGAAUUAA